CUUUAUUUUGAAAUGUCCCAAACAGGAAGUUGUCGUCCUGCGCUCUGUGUUUAGCUGUAGAAAUGUUCAUACCGCAUACAGUGAAGGUCCCACCCUGUAGCUUAAACCACUAAGCCACUUUUCAGGAAACCCAGUAUUCAGCUAUGGAAGACGACAUACAAGAGGAAGUCCUUUCGCAGUUCAAAGAGAGGCGACUGGGUGGUUGGCAGAUCCUGCAGCUGACGGCAGGCACGGGUUUGGCGGUCUAUGCCGUCUGGGCAGGAAUCCUCAUGCCGGGGUUUCGUCGAGUGCCUCUCAAAUUACAGGUGCCUUAUAUGCCAGCAAGCAGAGCUCAAGUGAGUAAUGUUAUGACUCUGCUGAAGGGCCGAUCUGGAGGCAUCGCUGACCUGGGCUCAGGUGAUGGCAGGAUUGUGUUAGAAGCGUCUCGUCAGGGUUUUUCUCCAGCGGUUGGUUAUGAGCUCAAUCCUUGGCUUGUUCGUCUUGCUUACUUUCACGCGUGGAGAGCUGGACAACACAGAAGUGUUUCAUAUCGCCGAGAAGAUCUGUGGAAGGUUGAUCUUUCAACGUACAAAAAUGUCACAGUAUUUCUAGCCCCUAGUGUGUUAAGUCUUUUACAAAAGAAGUUACUGGCUGAGCUGCCUGAAGACGCUUUGAUUGUGGCGGGACGUUUUCCGUUUCCUGAUUGGACAGAGUGUGAAGUAAAGGGUGAAGGUGUGGACAGAGCAUGGGCAUAUCACAUACAAGAACUGAGACAUCGCUACCAGUCACAAGAUAAACAUGAAAAAAACAGCUGAGAAACAUUUUAAACCUGUACUUUAUUAUUUUAUAUUAAUUUUAUCAUGUUUUAUGCGAUUACUUAAUGCACAGAAUGUUUUUAAAAAGAUUUCAUCGAAAGAUUGAAGAUUUUGUCGAAAACAAAGCUGCUGUCUGCGGGUGUUCCUUAAAGGGUUCGAACCCGUGGAUCACUUCCUGUUUUUUAAUGUGACCUAGAUAAUGUUAUGUGUACAAUAUUUCUCUUUUGCAGAAAAAGGAAAUAAACCUCAUUCAUCUUGAGUCAUCUUUCCUGAACAUGUUGUUUUGUGAAAUGUGCAUGUUUGUAAAUGUUUUUACCACUCAGUCUGCAGUCUUACUCAACGUGUUAGAGUUGAUGGGUUGCAUAAUGUGAAGCCGUUGAGCAAACCACAUUAAACAACCAGAAGCAAGAGAAUUGCAAG